ACUACAAAUAACAAAAUGUUCGCUUUAAAGUUUACUCUAUUGAUGGCAUUCUGCCUAGCUGCCUCCAGGGCUUCACCAGUAGACUUCAUAAAUGUUGGAUACGAGAAUCAGAUUAUUAAUGACGACCUAUUCAAAUCAUCAUCGAUUCUUUCUCGCCACGCCCGUUCCCCAGAGGGUGGUAGUGUUGGCAUCGACUAUCGCAAAGAUGAAAACGGCCGUGUAGCAGUUGCCCAGUAUAAACAAAAUAUAUUUUCCAGUGCCGAUGGUGAUAGAUCGUUGGAUGCCCACGCUCAUGCCAGUCAUAAUUUCGAUCACAACAGCAAUGCUUUCGGUGGUGGUGUCCAGGGUAAAUGGUCGACUGGCAGUGGUGGCUCUGCAGAUUUUACGAAGGAUAACUUUGGACGUCAAGCUUCGGUGCAGUUGAAUCAAAAUCUAUUCACUAGCCGCGAUGGACGUGGCACCAUAGAUGCCUAUGCUCAUGGAACUCGUAAUUUUGAUUAUAACUAUAAUAACUUUGGUGGUGGACUUCAGGGAAGAUAUAGAUUUUAAAUUAAAAAAAUGUAAAUAAACAAGAAAAAUAAAUAAAAUUUAAUGUGAGAUAAA